GUGAAGUUGCCAGAAGAGGCGGAGAGACCCGGACUGCGGUUCUCCGACACUGGAGGGUUCCUCCUUCAAUCUUCUCAGCUAAGGCUCAAGACUGAGAGCAUGGGUUAUUUCCAGGAUUUGUUGAACAAGUCAGAAAAGGCCCUUUAUGAUGCUUUUCCAAGCAUGUACGGAGAACUGUACACUCAAAACACGAAGGUCUUCAAGGACUUGUACAGCGAGCUACGCCGCUAUUACCGCGGCUCCAACAUCAACCUGGAAGAGGCCCUCAAUGAGUUCUGGACACGCUUGCUGGAGCGGCUCUUCAAGCUGAUGAAUCCCCAGUACCAUAUCACAGACGAGUACCUGGACUGCAUGGUGAAACACGCGGAGCAGCAUAAACCCUUCGGGGAAGUUCCCAGGGACCUGAAGGUGAAGGCGACCCGAGCCUUCAUCGCGGCGCGCUCCUACGCGCAGGGCUUUCUCGUGGGCAGCGACGUGGUCAAAAAGGUGUCUCAGGUACCUCUCAGCCACGAGUGCACUCGCGCCAUCAUGAAGCUGCUGUACUGCCCGCACUGCCGGGGCAUGGCCAGCGUGAAGCCGUGCAACAACUACUGCCUGAACGUCGUGAAGGGCUGCCUGGCCAACCAAGCCGACCUGAGCACCGAGUGGAAGUACCUCAUGGAUUCCCUGGUGGUAGUGGCCGAUCGGAUCGACGGACCGUACAACGUAGACACCGUGAUAGGGACCAUUCACAUGAGGAUCGCUGAAGCCAUUUCAAACUUGCAAGAAAACAAAGACUCGAUCACAGCCAAGGUUUUCCAAGGCUGUGGAAAUCCCAAAAUCAGCACAAAGGGCUCCAGCAGCGAGGACAAGAAGAGGCGGGGGAAGGUUGCGUUGGAAGCGAAAAGCAGUGCCCUCACGGCCCAGAAGAUGGUUCUAGAUGCCAAAGGGAACCUGACAGCUCUCAAGACCUACUGGGUCACCCUGCCCGGCAGCCUCUGCAGCAAAAAAGUAGUGGCCAGCUCAGCGGCGGAUGACAAGUGUUGGAACGGGAUGACCAAGGGCAGCUACCUGCCCGAAGUGAUGGGGGACGGCUUGGCUAAUCAGAUUAACAACCCGGAGGUGGAGGUGGACAUCACCAAGCCGGACAUGACCAUUCGCCAGCAAAUCAUGCAGCUAAAGAUCAUGACAAACCGGCUGGGCAACGCUAACAUCGGGAACGACGUGGAUUUCCAAGACGCAAGUGACGGCUCCGGGAGCGGUGACAGCUGUCCUGACGACGUCUGCGGCAAAAGACUUUCUAAGAGCCCCAGCACCAGGCAGCCAGAAACGCACGCUAUCCCCAAGCAGUCUGGACACGGCAUCAGUGGGGCCAGCAGCAGAUCCUCGCCUUCUGCCUUCCUCCUCUUCCUCCUCCUCCUCUCGGUGGCUUCCCUCACCGUGAAGGCGGCCAGGCCGGUGGCAGAACCCAAUGCCGGAUUCUGGGCUCAGCUGCAGAGAUAUGAAGAAGAGCUGCAGAUGCCAAAGCAGCCUGAUCUGCCGAGCAAAGGAUGUGAAAAUAGCAGUGUGUGA